AUGUUCGCCAGAAUCAUAAAGCCGGCCUCGCUCCCAAGGAUCAUCCCUUCUUCAUCCCUCUCCCCUCUCCGCAGCAGUCUCAUCCAACAACAACAAAACCACACCGCCAGAUUCAUCACCUCUGCUGCCAAAAUGACCUCCCCCGUCGUCAUUCCUCGCGCCGAACGCGUUGCCCACUUUGAACAGGAUGGUAAAUCAACUCUCAUCGACAACAACAACAACUCUAACGCUGCCAUCUGGUCCAUUUUCACACCUUUGGCUCUUGAGUGCCAGGCUGUCAACCUUGGUCAGGGUUUCAUGAACUUCCCUCCCCCAGACUUUGUUGUCGAGGCUGCUCGUGAUGCCGUCACCCGCAACGACUGCAACCAGUACAGCCACCCCAAGGGUCGCCCAAGACUGAGAAACGCAUUGGCAAAGUCGUACAGUCCUCUCUUCAACAGGACUCUGGAUCCAGAGACUGAGAUUGUUGUCACUGCUGGAGCCAACGAGGGCAUUUUCAGUAUCUUUGCAGGAUACUUGGACCAGGGCUCCGAGGUCAUUCUCAUGGAGCCCUUCUUUGACCAGUACAUCUCCAACAUCACAAUGAACGGAGGAGUGCCUGUCUACUGCCCUAUCCGCCCUACAGGCGAUACUUCCAAGGACAUGCCUGCCAGUGAAUGGAAAAUCGACAUUAAGGAGCUGGAGUCCAAGAUCACCCCUCGGUCCAAGAUUAUUGUCCUCAACACCCCUCACAACCCCAUCGGCAAGGUCUUCUCGCGCGAGGAGCUCGAGGAGAUUGGCGCCUUGGCCACCAAGCACAACCUCUUGAUCAUCAGUGACGAAGUGUACGAUCGCUUGUACUUUGACCCUUUGAAGCAUCAGCGCAUUGCUACUUUGGAUGGACUUUGGGAGCGCACAAUCACUGUCGGAAGUGGUGGAAAGACAUUUGGAACGACAGGCUGGCGCAUUGGUUGGUUGAUCGGACCCAAGGCCUUGGUCGAGCCCGCCUUGGCUGCUCACACCCGUAUCGUCUUCUGCGUCAACUCCCCCCUUCAGGAGGCCGUCGCUGUUGGGUUCGAACAGGCAGAUGAGCGCGGAUUCUUUGGAAGCCAGAUCAAGGCGUACGAGCACAAGCGCGAGAAGUUGCUCAAUGUCUUCCGUGAGUUGGGCUUGCCCUGCACCAUUCCCGAAGGAUCGUACUUUAUCCUUGUGAACACGGACAAGAUCCAGGUGCCUGAGGAUUACAAGUUCCCUGAUCUGUUGUGGAAGCGCCCCAAGGAUUUCCGUACCUGUUACUGGUUGACAAAGGAGAUUGGUGUCUGUGCGAUCCCACCGACCGAGUUUUACUCCAAGCCCAACCAGGUUUUGGCGGAGGACUUUGCGCGGUUUGCGUUCUGCAAGACGGAUGAGACCCUGGAUGCAGCAGCUGAGAGACUUUUGAAGCUCAAGGCGUACAUCAAAUAG